AUGAGGUGUACGGAGCUCACUCUUCAACUCUUGUAUCGACCAGCUCUCAUUUGGUCCUGGGUCCUGCAAGCCGAAGCCUCGCAGUCCCUUCAGACUUCCUUCAACAAGCCCUUCUUCCUCGCAUGCUUCAACCACGCGGCGUCGGUCCUUCUCCUCCCGCUCGUGUUCGCGUACUACAGACUGUACGGGAGCCCGGAAGACCGCUACGCUGGCUAUGACAUUGUCGGAGUGCUGAGUCGCCGCUGCGUGAUUCCGUUGCCCCAGCUCGCUCGAAUCUCCGCCGGCCUGAGCUUCCUGUACCUCGUCUCGGACUUCUUCUGGUACGGCGCGCUUGCGGACGUGAGCGUGGCUGCGGGGGUCGCCAUCUCCAACUCAUCGCCGCUCUUCGUCUACUGCUUGUCCGUCUGCCUCUUGAACGAGCACCUCAACCUCAACAAGAUCCUGGGCGUCUUCACGGCCUUUGCUGGGGUCUCGCUCGUCGUCAUGUUCCAGGACGGCAGCGACUUCGGCACCAUCGAGGCCUCGACCAUCAUCGCGGGGGUCUCCAUGAUCAUCUCGUCGGCGCUCUACGCGGGGUACCAAGUCGCGAUGCGGCUUGCAGUCGGCGACGAUAUCACCGACACGUCGACGCUGCUGACGAUGGCGGGGUUGUGCGGCUUGUUCACGUUCCCGCCGUGGAUUCUGGGCACUAUCAUGCUGUCCGAGAGCCCGUUCGCGUGGCUGCACGAGUCGCUCGCUGUCCCUGGAACAGUUGAGGGGGUGCUCCUGCUGGUUGUCAGCGGCCUCCUCACAGUCGUCUUCUGCGCCUUCCUGCCGCUCGCGAUCUGCUGGACGUCCCCCUUGGAGACCAGCGUGGGCUGCAUGCUGACGAUCCCGCUGUCGGGUAUCAUGGACACCGUCCUGCACCACACGCUCUUCUCGUGGGAGUGCAUCGUCGGGUCGGUGCUAGUCAUGGGCGGCUUCGCUAUCCUCGAAUCCAGCACCAAGAAGAAAUCUUCUUCACCACAACAGGAGGAACACAUCCCCAACGCCUCGGCUUGGGCGUAA